AUGCCAUCGUCUUUCAUACGGAAACACGUGCGGGGGUUGCUUCGCAGCAAGUUUGGGCCGUCGACGAGCCUCGAAGUUGCCGCCGAAGAAGUCCAGCCAGAAGUAAACGCUUCCUUGUGUUUUCUUGUUGACUUAGAUUUUUCCUUGGCAAAUGUUUGCAUUGGAUCGAGCCUUUGUAGUCCUCAGCCACCUUCUCCUCUGUUGUAGGUAUCAGCGACGGCCGAGAACGACGGCAACGAUUUCCUUUUACAGUGUUAUUUGGCCAGUUUCGAGUCCCAGCGGGAAGAGUUUCCAGAGGUAUGCGGAAAAAAAAUGGUUUUGGGAAAAGCUCAAAGUGGAGAACUUGCUUUGGGAAACAUGAAAGCCUUGACCGGAAAAAUUGGCCUGGAUUUUGAAAGAAAAGAUCGCUUUCUUCAUAACCCAGGCUUUAAAAUAAAAUCUGCCCUUUUGAAAUCAAUAUUUGGUUUGGAUUGAAUUGAAGUUGAAUUUUCGGAAAAAGUGAUAGAAAAUGGGCAAAUUUUGUAGAUAAAUGAUUUUUGAUGUUUUUUAAACUAAUAUAAGAGCUUGAAAACUUUUAGAAUAGGUUUUCUUUAAUUAUACCCGAACAUUAGUAACGCGAAACGGACGUUUCUGCGAGAUUCUAGGGAUCACUUAAGAGGGCUGAAGCUACUGAAGUGGUCACUAGAAAUGUCCCGACUCGUCCGUUUUGCGCUACCAAUGUCCGAGUAGAAAAUUGAAGCAAAAAGAAAAAAAAUGUUUUUUCAAAACUCUAAUUUUCCUUUUUUCUGAAGGAAUGGACCAAAAAUAAUUUUUCAAAAUCAUGAUUUUCCGAAGUUUAAUUUUCCGAAGUGAAAGAAUUGAAUCAGUGGGUAAAUACAUUUUUAAAGUUCUGAAAAAAGACGUAUUUUUGCUUUUUAAAGAAGGUUUAUUUUUCCCCUACUCAACUUUCCUAUUCCCAAACACUUUAGGGCAUUGAAUUCAAAAGAAAUCGGAAGUCCUCGAAUCGCUCAAAGGAUCAUUUCAGGUUUACUUUGGUAAAACCGGCCUCGACAUUCCCUGUAUACAACUGCAACGGCUAGAACCGCAGGUUUUCGCCUCGUAUACGGGUCCAGAUGGCGGCCUCACACAGGUAGUUCCAUCAUCUUCCAGUUGUUUGUUAUUCGGCUUGCAAAGUGCCUCAAUUUUUUUUUUGUGUUUUUUGGCUGGGGAAAAAAAAAACUCGAACCGUUACUUUUGGUGCGAAAUUGGGUUCAUGAAAGCAGGUUUCAGAAAAUUGCUAAUUUUCCGGUUUUCAUAAGGGGAAAAAACCAGAACCGUUACUUUUGGUGCGAAAUUGGUUAGUAGGAUCCAGGGAAGUAGCUGAUUUUCCGGUUUUGAUUCCGUAGAAUAACCAGAAAGGCUAGUUUAGGUACAAAAUUGGUUCCACUGGAAGCAAGAUUUCAAGAAUUAGGUAAUUUCCUGCCUUUUUCUUCUAAAAAAAUUACUAGAACCUAUUUUUUUGGUAGAAUUUUAAGUAAAUGAAAAAGGUGGCUCAGGAAAUUUCCUGAAAAAAAGAAAUUUUUUUAAUAAAUUCCUUUUUUUGUUGCAUUGAAGAAAAAAAUCAAAAAAAUUAUUCCUGGAGAUAUAAUUAAAAUCUGCCCCUCAAGUGAUCCCUCAGCCUUUUUUUCAGGCACUUUCUUUGGGGUCUUUUUUUAAUUUUGACAAUUUUUUUGAAUUUUUUUGACUGAUGCUGCUGAAGAAUAGAUCAGUGAUAGAUAUUUUUUUGUGACUUUGAAAAAGAAAAAAAUCACUCGGAAAAAAGAGGAUACAAGUUUUGAAGGUCGGCGAAGUGCGAGGCCACCAGAUGGUCCGAAUGGCCAACCUCGACGACGAAAUGUCGCUGUCCGUCGCCGGAAGUUCUGGAGAAGAUGAGGAGAACGAGGAUGAGCAAGAGGCCCCUCAAGGGCUCUUGUGCGUCAAAAAAACCGAUCCGAAAAGGUUCCUUAUUUCAAAGGUUUUGGGCAGGGCAAAUAUGGUUAUAAUUAAGUAAAGAAAUCAGUUGAACUAAUUUAACUGUUUUUUUUUUCUGAAAUUUUGGAAUUUCAAGUUGGACUUGGAGCUUUCGUUGAUUUUAAAAAUAAUUUUUGAGACACUAAAAUUGGAAUUUUCUUUAAAAAUUAGUUUUAUAAAAUGUUUAUCCUUCUUUAAUCCUUGUGAGAUCUCAUUUUGCGAGAAUUUUUCCAGAUUUCUCUUCAGAUUAAUAAUUCUCAAAAUUUUUCGCGUCAUUCUUACUUUUUUUAAAAUCAAAACUUCAAUAUAGGAUUAAAAAAAUCUUUUGAUUUUUUUAAGGAUCCUUUCAAACGAUUUUUUUGAAGGAGAUCGAUUUUUUUAAAACUAUUUAAUUUUCCUGUAACAUUUACGGAAAAAUUCAAAAUGGCGUGAAAAUGAAAAAAAAAGCCUGGAAAUACCAUCCCACAAGGGAGGUCAUUUCACUUUGCGGUUGGGAAUUUCUUGAAAAUUGGCAGAAACACUCUUCAAUGUACCAGAAAACUAUCCCGAAAGUUUCAGCCUGGGCAACUCUUGGGUUUUUGAGAAAUGAUGACCUGAAGCCCCAAAUUGGCUUAUUUUUACGGAUUUCGAGGUGUCCUUUCUCAAAAACGAGGGACUUGUGCAGGUUGAGACUUUCUGGAUCUUUUUUUGGAAACUCAAGGAGUAUUCUAGCCAGUUUUGAGGAAGUCAUAACAGCAAAGUUAGGAAGGAAAAACGUCAAAAAGAAUACCGAAAAAAAUUCCAGAAAAUGGUCUCAAAUGAAUUUUUUUUUUCAAGACUUUCAAAAGUCUCCUUGAUUUUUUUCUAUGUAAAUUUGAAGCGCGUAGGGUGUAAGGAUGAUUUCAAUGUAUUUCUUCAACUCAUCUUUUUUUUUUGAAGAAAUUCCCCGCUGCUGGGCUCUUGUUCUUCGUUGAUUGGCGCCCUUGACCACGAGCCGAGUCCCGGGAGAGGCAACGCUGGUUUGUUUUCUUCUUCUUCAAAAUAAGGAAAAAAAAACCUUGGAAAAGUGCUCCUUUUUUCUCUUUUGUUCUCUUUUCCUCUCUUCAUUUUCCAUCAUCGUCAUCCAUUCUCCACAGCGGAAAUGCGCGAGGUCUCGUUUGAAAAAACGAAUUUGCUCCAGUGCACAUGUCCUUCUCUUUUUCUUCUUCCCCUCCUUCUUCUAUUUUUUUGGGAAAGACGGGUGGCAGGUCGAUUUUUCAACAAAUCUCGUCUCGAGGAGGAUGAAGCUCGGUUUUCAGAAGGCAGCUUUGCACUCAUGUUUGGCUUGAGUCAUGGGCAAAGUCCAAAAGGUCUCAAAAAGAACUUUUGGAAAAAAAGGCAUUUUUUCUUGACCUUUUUUGAAAAAGAAAAAAGGAGUUUCCGAGAAAUUUUUGACUUUAGAACUUUAAAAGUAGCUUUAGACUGUUUUUUUUAAGGUCGUCUGGAAAUUUCCUCUGUUUUCGGAAGAUUUUCGGGAUUUUUUCGGUUUUGCAAUGUUAAGGAGAGCUUUGAGGAGCAAGUUUCCCGGUAAAAAAAAAUUUUAAAAUUCCAGAUUUCGCCCAGAAUAAUCGGAUACUCAGUUUUGCAAAAAAAAAGAAAAAUCCUAAAAUUUCAAAAAAAUAUGAAUUUUUGACGAAAAUUUUUUUCUUUCGAAACGGUACCAAGAGUUAAAUUUUGAAGAUGAUAUUUACAUAAGAUUUUUUUAAAAAAAUAGAAAAAAAGUUGAUUUUGGGGCUUAUUAAUCAUUUUUUUAAGUUUGCGAAAUGUCUACGAAGCCAAAAAAAUCAUUCUGAACUUUCCUUCUGAAAAAAAUAAGUCUCUUCAAUUUUCUGUUCGUGUAAGACUAUUUGGAAUUACAGCUUCAACAUUUUUACGAGGCUCUUUAAUUUUAAUAUUUUCAAAACGUUUUUAAACAUUUCCAAGAAAAGAAAGAUUAUCUCAUCUCCGCGAUCCUCUAAAAAGAGAUCAGACCGAAUCUGAACAUGAAAACGCUUCGAAAUGAUGAGAAAAUGUGGCCAUCAAAACAUUGACGAGCUCCUCGUUCACAACUUAACGACGCCGUCAUCAAAAUUUUUAUUGGUUGUUUUAACGGACGGCGGUUUCCUUUCGUGUUUCGAACGCCGCAGAAACAAAGGCGAUUUGUCCUGCACACAAGCCUAUUUUUUGUCCCUCUGGAAAUCGGCUGAUCGGACCGGUUUCUCUUCCUUGGAACCAAGUUGCCGCGCGAAACGAUGAAGAAGUGUUCGGGAAAAAGGGCACAAGGUUUCUCUCUCCGUCCGGGGAUGUUAUUUAUGGUUGACUUGUGAUUUUGAAAAGGAUUCCAUGAAAAAUAUUGUAACAAUCUCUUUUUUGAAGUCACGAUUUAUUGCCAAAUGAUAGUACACUCUUUAGGAGACGAAAUAUGUGUACAAUGGGAUUUUUUGACAUGAAAAAGUGGGUUUGUUGGAAGCUGUAGAUCAAAUUCGAUUUUUAGGAGUUUUUAUAGAAAUUUUAUAAAAAAAGUAUCGAAUUUUUUCUUGAAAUUCAUAGAGAUCAAGUUUUUUUCUGAGUUUUCGAAAAAAAUUAUCUAAUAUUUUUUUGAGACAUUCGAAGACUUAUUAAAAAUCGAUUUGUUGAAUAUUUUUAAUUCUGAGCUUUAUUGAAAAUUUCAAUAGAAAAUGACAACUAGUGACACUUCAUGUUUAGAAAUUUCGGUGAUUCUAGCAUUUUUUUCGAAUUAAAUAAAUUCUUAGAAAAAAACCAAUAAAUUUUGAAGGUACAAAAAAACCUUUAAUAGAAUGUACAAACAUGGAAAAAUAAUCUCCAGGAAGCUUCUAGACUUCAAUUGAAAAUUUCAAUGUGCCCAACUUUUUUCUCAAAAAAUUAAGAGAUCUUUACUUUUCUCCGAGAAUGAAGAACUGUCAAAAACGUUAGCUCAAAAAAAGGCUUCUCAUCCUUUAAAACACACAUUUAAAGACAAAUGUUUAUUGUUUAUGGACAAUUUGCGCACCAAAGAGCAGCAACAGGAGCCAUUGGAAGACGAAAGUGACACACCAUUCUGUGAGAAAAUUGGAGAAACGUUUGACAUGAGAGCAGCUGACUUCCAAUUUCCUUGCCCCCUCGAAGGCUAAUCCAGUUUAAGCCAUCUUCGAAUCGGCUCGCUUUAUUAGUGUGUUGACCAGGGGGGACGGGCCAAGGCUACUGGCGCGCUCGUAAAUAAACAUUUCGCGUUUAAAUGUGACAAAAUAGCCUCGUGUGUUGUUGUUGUUCAGACUCAGCGCCAAGGUCGUAUAGUUCAUUCAUUUUUUGACAGCUUCCUGGACCCUUUUUUCUGACAACGGAGGGUUUUUGUUGAUGUGGAGCUUGGGAUAUUAUAGAAAUUUGCUUUUGGGUGAAAAGAGCACCUUUGUAGUGAUUCGCUGACAAGCCAGCAGGGAAUAUAUUUUUAAAAAUUUUAAGAAGCCAAAAUUAUCAAAAUUAAUCGUGUUUAUAUAAUAAGAGGGUAGGAAGAAAUUUUGGGUCCGCGAAUAUUCGUGAGCGUGAAUUGUGCAUACACCAAAUGUGGAAGCUCGAAUCUUGGAAGGCUUCACCUCUUUUUGGAUUUUUUUAUGAGUUUUCCGAUUUUUUGUGAACAGAAGUCGAUAAAGAAUGCAACGACAAAGGAUAAAAGCACGAUAGACGUUCUGCAGCGGAUCUUUGACCACGUGUAUGCGAGAAAGACGCAUUAUUUGAUAAAAUUGAGUUGAAAAAAAAAUCAUACAGUUUUUAUUUGUGAUCGAAACACGAUAUCCUCACAAUAAAACAAUAAACAAGAUUCAAAUUUUCAAAUAUUCAAGCCCCGAUUGGUGUAUGCACAAUUCGCGCUCACGAAUAUUUGCGGACCCAUAAUUCCUUUCUACCAUCAAAUCGUCCUUACAAAUGGAUAAAAGAUUAAUUGAAACGUCUUUACUGAAAUUCCAAAUGGAGUAUAUUCAUCAAUUUUUGGAAAAUUUCUCAGAGAAAAUAAAUAUAAAAGGAAAAUAAAAAAUCAUCAUUUCUAAUCGUGUUCUGAAAAGAAAUGCGUCCAUACUCGGCGAAAAAAAAAACUAAAAAAAUUUAUUUUACAUCAUUAUUACAUCUAGAAACGAUUAUAAACUAUCUAGACGUUUAGACAACAAUUUGAAUCAACAUUCAUUAAAGCUUUCGGGAAUGUUUCAAGGAAUCGGAAAAAAUGGUAAAAAUGAACUUUUUAGUGAUUUUUGGGCUCUUUAGAGUUACCUCAAAUAAAGUUUACUGCACUUUUUUCGAAAACAGCUUUUUUUCGAGUCUAGAAAAUUGGUUUAUAACGGACUCCGUUUCGGGGGAAAUCGGAAAAGAGAAGUUCUUAAAAAGGUGAAAAAAACCGAAACCACUUCUUGGCUUCAAAGUUUGAUCGCAUUCCCAUAUUCCAUUAAGUUGAUGAACAAACUAUACGAAAUUACUCGGCUCAACGAGCUGAAGAGUGAUUUCCACGUGCAUUAAAAGGGGGGAUAUUGUCCAUUUCCGGCGCGUCAAUUAUGACCAGCCGAACAAAAAAACAGGUUUUGGGGCUAUUGUGAUGAAAUUUUUUCGGAUGAAUAGGUUUAAAAUAAGGGGAUUUGAUAAAUGUCGGUUAUUGAUGAACUUUUGUAGAAUACGAUCAGUACACAGGAAAAAAAAAAUUUUCAUAGAAUAUGCAGAAAAAAACAGAGAAACUGGACAUGUUUGAUGAAAAUUGAUAUUUCGAGAUUGAUACGAAUCGAUUUUUGGAACUUUUUAGAAAUAAAUAUCAUCAAAAUUGAGGAUUUGGAGCUUUUUCAAGCCCUCAAAUAAAGUUAUAUUAUCUUUUUCGAAAAAAAAAAACUGGCAUAAAAUGAAAUCUCUAACCAGAAUUAUCGAGAAUAUACAUUUUUUUCAAGAUGCUAUCCUAAUUCUAUCAACUUCUUUCUCCUGUCAUUUUUGAUUUUGGUUUCCUUCUUUUCAUAUUCCUCUUUUAUUGGAAUCAAUUCACAGUCUUUCCAUCAUUUCUCACCCUUUUAGACCGGAGAAUCGAUGUUAAAUUAUCGCAGGAGAGCUUGAAAAAAAGAGUUUUCGAAAAUCAUCUUUAUAAUAUUAAAAGAGCAAAAAAAAAAAUAACAGAUCCAGAUCCAGGCCUUUAAAAAUUCCAGCAAACAAUUUUAAACAGGCGCGCUCUUUUUUUGAAUUAAUUUUUGCAAAGAGCUUCAUUUAAGUUUCAUAUCAUUUAUCUAUCUUCCGUUCAACAUAGGCAAAAUCGGACAGAGUGGAAAAAUAUUUCAUAAAAUUUUUCCUUGUAGGACGGCGAAGGCUCCUUUUUUGCACCAUUUUAUCGGCAUUUAUGCACCACUUUUGCUGCUUUUUUCUUUUUCCACUUUUUUUUGACCCUUUAAAGCUGUAAAAAAAAUAAAAGACUCGAUAAAGGGACUCUUUUUGGCGCCUUUUUUCGGCCUUUUUGCAGCCUUUUUGCUGCCUUUUUUGAGCCUCUUCCUUUUAGCGGCCACUAUCCGCCAUUCCGACUGUGCCCAAGAGUUUUUCUUUUCCACCACGUCAUAUUUUCCCGAAAAUGAAGUAAAUUACUUUCAGAGAGCUUCGAUUGGACGCAGCACGACCCGAAGUCGGCCUUUGGAAUCAGCGUCUCAUUGUACGAGAAGAAUCCCUUGACAGGCGUCAACGCCGGCGAGCCGAUCGCCGACGUCUGGGGCGUCGUCGGACGGACCAACAAUGGAGUGAGAAGAACUCCUCGAACUUGACGAAACUCUGACAGGUCCUCGCGUUGGCCGACGGCGUCAACUGGGGCGAGGGCGCCAGGCUCGCGGCUCGUUGCGCCAUCCGCGGCGCGAUCGACCACUUGAAUCAGCGGAUUUGCGGCGACACCCUCGGCGACACCACGGUCCGUUUGAUCAUUAGCCUUGGAGGGGGGAUAAUCGAGUUUUUCGACGCGAAAAUGAGUUAUAAACGUGGAUUUUUGAAUGAAAAACUGGGAAAAGUAGAAGUUUCUGCGCUGAAAUUUUAAAAAAAGGAAAUGAAUCACUAAUUAAUAACGUGUUGAUAGAAGGAGUAGCAAACUAUAGAAAAAAAAAGUCAGAAAAGAGAAUAAAUUGUCCUCUAAUGUUAAGUGUGUACUAUGAAUGGAAAUAAGCUUGAUUUUUCUGAAAAGUUGUUUUUUGAAUUUUUUUUAUCCGACUUUCUUGUGUACCUUUCAGAAUAUGUAACCAUUUUUGGCAAGGAAAGUAUUCAAAUAGCCAGGGAGGAUAGGUUGAACAGCAAAAAUUUGAAAAAAUGAUGAUUUAAUUUUCAAUCUUCCGAUCAGAGAGAUAGUUAUGAAAGACAUGAAAAUGAAUUCUGACCUUUGGAGGUGGUACUUGUGUGAAAUUUGAGUAACUUCUGUUUUCGGUUCCUUGAAAGGCGUUUGAGAGCGUUCCAGCUCAUAUUUUCCCAACACCUUCUCCAUACCUUGCAGAAGCCUGCAGGAAGCCUUCUGGCAGGCAUUUUCAAUUUUUCACCUUCCAAAGACUUCACAACUACCUUGAUCACCUUCCCGAAACCUUCUCAAGAACUUCUAGCUUUCAUUACCUUCCCAACACCUUCACAGGAUUUGCCCAAGUUGUGACUCUAAUUUGAAACGACAUGGGAGGAAGGUUGACGCCUCAAAAACAUGUAGCUUGUACGUAGGAUUUUUAGAGUGGUCCCUGUAGGGAUUAGGGGGAAAAACAGCCCCUAUAGGGAUCGGAAAAAGAGUAAAAUCAAUUGAUCCCUAUACGGGUUGAGGGUCUGAUCCUUUAGACCCUAAAGCUCAAGUGGACCCUAUAGGGUCGUUCAAUUUCAUUCUGAAAAACGUUUAUUUAUUCAGUCUUCCCCAUAGCAAUGCUUCUUCGCAUAUAGUUCAUAACAAUUAUCGACUAGAAUGUCCCCUAUAGGGCCACUAACUAAAACCCCUAUAGGGACCAUUUUCGCAAACUUUUGUGUCCCCUAUUUGGGUCGGUAAAGUGAUCCUUAGAAGGAACCCCCCAAGGGCUCUUGGAAUAGGCUUUUUUGGCCGUUUAAGUUCAAGGUUAUCCCUAUAGGGGCCACUGUGGAGUUUCUAAGUAGCAUCCUUUCUUCUCCAAGAUUUUGUUUAAAAAGGUUAUCUUCAGGAAGUGUUCCACCAGAUGCUGGCCGCCUUUCACUCGGCUCACUCGUUGAUCCUACAAGAAGGCGGCAUGCUCACGACUCUUUGUGUAGCCCUUGUUGCUCCGACAAAGUGUGGCAGCAGGUAAGAGUUUAUCGAAAUUCAGCCGGAAAACAGCUUUUCAUGAAGAAAAUGAAAGAAAAUAAAGCACUUUUGGCAUGAUAUAAAAGAGUAAAAAAUUUCAUCGGUGCAAGCGCCAAAGCUGAAGCCAUUCCAAAUGCGACCAAUAAUUUCAAAAUUCCAAUCUUUUCCAGUUGGGUUCUGUGCGUCUGCAACGUCGGCGACUCCCUCUGCUUCGUCUACAACCGAUCCUACGGCGUUAGAGAAGUGACGCUGGGCAGCCACGACAUUGAUCAGGUUGGUCGGCGGCGAAACCCGGUUGAAGUCGGACCAUUUGCUUUCAGAUGAGAGACAUGCGCGACGCCGGAGGCGCUCUCGGGCCUGUCGAUGGCAGGAAUCCGCAGCUGCACAAUCUGACGUGCAGCAUGACUUUCGUCGAGCCAGGUAGUUAUUGGAAAGUUUUCAUUGGUAUUUUUGAAAGCAGGUUUUUUUUGAACUUGAGUGUUAACUUUACUGAUCAAAAGUGCCAAAAACUUAAUUUUUUAAUUUUUAAGAAAACGUUGUUGGAAAAAAACCAAACUUUGAGUAGCUUUUCAAAUUUUCUUGAAAAAUAACUGAAUUUUUGAAAUUUGUCUUUUUAAACAGUGCUUACCUCAGUUCUGAGAGUCUUUGAUUUAAUGAAUCUCGAAUUUUGGAAAAGUUGGUACUGUAAGUUACUGUAUUUUUCAUAGAGUUUCAAUAAGUGCUAAACUCCGCCCAAUUUUAUCAGUUUUGAUAAAACUCGAUUUGAAAAAUCAAGAUCAAAGUGUAAAAUCUAAUCGAAGAAACGUUACACAGACAAAGUCCAAACGACCUCAAAAAGGCCUUAAAAAGAAGAGCCUAAAGCUUCUUUUUGAGUUCCCAAAAAGGUGUCAAAAGUUUCUCGGACUCCCCUUCUUUUUCUAGUUCCUUAAAAGGUCCUUAUCAGAGAAAGUUCUAGAAAAAAAAGCAGCAUUUGAGGCCUUUUUUCCAAAAGUCCUUUUUGAGAACUUUUGGGCUUUGCUUGUGGAUACGCCUUAUUUUCAUUGCUUUCAUGGAUUUUGCCUCUAAGUUAUCAUAGUUUCACUUCAAGCUUUUGAAAUUCAAUUUGAAUUCGAACAGAAAUGAAAUGGAAGCCUUAAUAAGUCGAAGAACGGCGGCCGUCGGCGGCGGCCCUCCUUGAACCAAUUACGCUGCAAGACGAAUUUAGGCGACAUUGUGUUCAUCACGUCGGACGGCGUCUCGGAUAAUUUCGACCCGGUGGUCGGAAAGUUUUGCGUAAUCAAAAAGUCCGACGGCGACAACAAGGAGAACAGCCACCUGCCGCCCAGGGAGGAUCGAAAAAUUUCCGUGUAAAUUCCUUUUUUUUUAUUGAUGAAAAGAUGGUUUUGAAUGGGAACGCGAGCAAAAUUAUAAUAUUUUCUUGGGAGAAAGUCUUUGAAUGGUUUCUGAAGCUUUUCAAGCUUUAAGAAGUUUGCCAAGAACUUUCGAAAAAUACUAGAUUUUCAAAGGGUUUUAGAUGGUUAACUUGCUGUCUUCGGGUAUCACAAAAAAAAGAAAAAAAAGUGAUUUUUAGAAGAAAAAAAAGUGUAACAAAGGAAAUAGUUUCAUAAGGUAACUUAAAAAGAUUUUUAAAAAUCCUAGAACUUUAGCUUAUAAAUUAAAAAAAGAUAAUGAUUCCGAUAAGAGUUGUAUACUGUAUAAAAAAGGCCAAAAAAAAAGCUGAGAAUUAAAAAAAAAUUAUCUAAUUUGACUUGAACUCGAUUUUUCAUACUUUUUCUCGCUUCUGUAAGCGUCUUUAUGAUUCUCAUAAGCAUGGAAGAUAGAAUUCAAGUUGUAAAACAUCUCUAAUUCUUCAAUUUCCUUCAAAAACACUUCUAGAAGUAAUCUCACCCAAAUAACUUGAAUUUCUGGCAUUUUCAUAACCCUCAGACGGUCUUAUUGAAGCUCGGACUUCGGUAUCGCAAACCGGAUGCCCUACGGACCUUUUUCAGCAUUUUAGUGAUCCCUUUAGCGGGGAUAGAUUUCUUAAGGGAUUACUUGAAACGCUCAGAAACUUCCAAGACGCGUCCGAUUUGCGUUACCGUGGUCCAAGAAAACAGAGCUGAAACAUCGAAUUUCUGAAUCUUUAGAUCAACGAAAGACAAUUCGAACCGAGAAUUUGUCCGGAACCGAACCUGCGCCGCUUCCCUGCCUUGCGUUGACGCGGCAAGACGUCAUGAGCUGAUGCUCGUCAGAAUGCGUGACGUCAUCUCCAAUGGGAUCAAUAAUCAGGUUUUUGCGAGUCAGGGGUUCAUUCACAUCGGAUGUAGAAUCGAACGCCGACCUCGCCGAGGAGGACCAUCUAUCCAGCCGUCUCGGCCUCACUUCUUUGCAAUCGCCUCAUCCAGUUCUCCACACAGCUCAGCCAGUUCGUUUCGAUAUUUCAAUUGAAUUAUAGCUGAUUCACGGCUGCCUUGAGCCAUCGAGAAAAAGGUCCUGCCACGAAAAGAGAAGAGAUAGUGCCUGGUUGGUGGAGAGCGCAGACAAGCCACGCCUCCUAGCGUCCCAAGUUAGCCGUGAAUCGGCUAUAUGUCACUUUUCUGAAGAAUCAUACCAUUUUGAAUAAAUAUAAGCACCUGAAAGAAAAAAACGUACAAGGAAGGUUUUCACUCUGAGGUUCGAACUUUCUUGAAAAAUGGCCAGAAAACUUCUUGAUGUACCAGAUGUACCAGUUUUGAGUGAGCCCUUGAGGGUUUUUUAAAGUUUUCGGAAGCUUUCAAAGGCUCCUUUAUGUCACCAAUAAAUGUCCUGAACCGGCAGAACUUUCUAGAUUUCGAGAAAGGACACUUCAAAGUCAAGUAAAAGGACUUAAGUUUGUGAAAAUGGGCUGUUUUGGGGCUUUGAUCGGUUCUUUUUUUUUUUUUUGAAAACUAAGAGGAUGUGCAAGUUUAUAAUUCCUGAAUAUCAAGGAAAAUUCCGACCGAAAUUCAAGGAUUUCUUUCCGCGAAUUAAUAUAAAGUUUCCUUGUUAAGUAAGCUGUAAGAAAGUGUCAAGAAUUGUGCAAGAAGGAUUUUUUUCAAAUUCGUGCUAAUAACUUACAUAACUGGUUCAAUAAUUAUAUUUAUUAUUCAUUUUUAGCCCGAAUCCUCAAUGUAAGCCUUUGUCAAAAUCUAUGGAAAUGCUCAAUUUUCUUCGAAUUUGGGAUAUUUCGCGAAAAACAGUUUUAUACAUUUUUCUUUUUAAAUUUCAUUUCAUUUAAAUUAUAAGUUUUAGUUGUAUUUUAGUGUACUAUAGUUGAUUCACGCGUGACUUGUGCCAUCCAAAAAAGGGUCCUGACACUACAAGAAAAGAGACAGUACCUGGUUGGUGGAGAGCGCAGACAGGCCACACCCCUCAGCGUCCCAGGCUAGCCGUGAAUCGGCUAUACUAAAAUUUCCAUAUAAAUUUUUUUAUAGAAAUCUUCAAAUUUUAAUCAACACAGCGAAGUACGCGCAUUUUUUUUAAAGUAUUGUUUGAAAGAUAAAUUUCACUUGAAUUCUAUGAUUUCAGAGCAAAGCGAAGGACUCUCGAGAACCCGGAACUGUACAAAAAGGAGAAGAUGAGCAAGUCGGAGCAAAGAGCGAGGUAUUUCGGGGCCGGAAGUUGUGUAAAUGAAAAAAAACCGUUUUUUAAAAGUAAAUUUGAAACCAAAAAAGUUUUAAACCUUUUUUGAAACGAGAUUUUUUCUCUUCCACCUCUUACAAUGAAAAACUCGAUUGGAACCUUUUUUUGAAACUAUUCAAAAAAUUAGGAAAAACGAACGAGAAGCUGAAGAUAAUUCAAAAAAAAACGUUGCGCGAAACAGCAAAGAGCUGUAUAAAAUAAGACUCAGCCGAGCCUAUUUGAUUUAUAGGAUCAAGCAAUCAAUCAAUCAAUAAUUUAUAUUUUCCCAGUCAUAGAUGGAAUCGACAGAUGAAUGAAUAAAUAGCGUUUUUCAAGACCAUACAUGGGCUAACCCACAUUUUUCGUGACGUCAGAGCGGGCCCCCUUGAAAAAGAGCGUACCCCCUUGAAAAGAGCGUACCCCUCCAGAAAAAUCUAUUGAUGUGAAAUAUUUUUCAAAGUUGGGUUAUGGAUUAAUUAGCAAAUGUUUAUUGAUUUACGAUCCAUAUGUAGUACAUUCAGCUAAGUCUCGCGCCGUCAAAGUGAUUAUCGGUUGAUAACCUGCGGGCCCUCCGGCCUAUCCCGUUUCGCAAAAAUCGAUCCGAUUUCGAUGUUAAAAAUAAUCAUAAAUCAGAAUCUACGAUCUGGCCAAGUUUCAGGCCGGUUGGAUGAGUUUUGAGAAAAAUGAUUUCUCCGACCUCUCAAAAGUGAUUUUUUGAAGUUUCCAAUUUUUCGGCUCAAAAUCAUUACUCAUCUUGAGAUAACACCUAAUAACGACGAAUUACUUAAUUUGCAACCUUUUGGAAGCUUUUUCAGUCCAAUUACAAGAUUUUGCGCUUGUGAGAAUAAAUAUCAAUUGGUGGCUUGCGGGCCCCCCCGGCCUAUCCCGAUUUGCGAAAAUCGAUCCGAUUUCGAUGUUAAAAAUAAUCAUAAAUCAGAAUCUACGAUCUGGCCAAGUUUCAGGCCGGUUGGAUGAGUUUUGAGAAAAAUGAUUUCUCCGACCUCUCAAAAGUGAUUUUUUGAAGUUUCCAAUUUUUCGGCUCAAAAUCAUUAAUAAUUUCGAGAUAACACCUAAUAACGACAGAUUACUCAAUUUGCAACCUUUUGGAAGCUUUUUCAGUCCAAUUACAAGAUUUUGCGCUUGUGAGAAUAAAUAUCAAUUGGUGGCUUGCGGGCCCCCCCGGCCUAUCCCGAUUUGCAAAAAUCGAUCCGAUUUAGAUGUUAAAAAUAAUCAUAAAUCAGAAUCUACGAUCUGGCCGAAUUUCAGGCCGUUUGGAUGAGUUUUGAGAAAAAUGAUUUCUCCGACCUCUCAAAAGUGAUUUUUUGAGUUUCGGUUUUCAAAAAACUUUAAACUUAUCUCAAAGCUUGACAAGGAGUUUGUUUUUUGUGCGGUGUUUCCGCGAAAAAAAUUAGUUUAUUUUAAGAAAUUUUUCUUUCAGUUGACUGGUUUAUAAUCAUUUUGUUUGUCUGUGAAGACCUCAUGAGUAAUUCGUCGUUAUUAGGCAUUAUCUCAAGAUGAGUAAUGAUUUUGAGCCGAAAAAUUGGAAACUUCAAAAAAUCACUUUUGAGAGGUCGGAGAAAUCAUUUUUCUCAAAACUCAUCCAAACGGCCUGAAAUUCGGCCAGAUCGUAGAUUCUGAUUUAUGAUUAUUUUUAACAUCGAAAUCGGAUCGAUUUUCGCAAAUCGGGAUAGGCCGGGAGCCCGCAAGCCACCAAUUGAUAUUUAUUCUCACAAGCGCAAAAUCUUGUAAUUGGACUGAAAAAAAGCUUCCAAAAGGUUGCAAAUUGAGUAAUCUGUCGUUAUUAGGUGUUAUCUCGAAAUUAUUAAUGAUUUUUGAGCCGAAAAAAAUUGGAAACUUCAAAAAUCACUUUUGAGAGGUCGGAGAAAUCAUUUUUUUCUCAAAACUCAUCCAACCGGCCUGAAAUUCGGCCAGAUCGUAGAUUCUGAUUUAUGAUUAUUUUUAACAUCGAAAUCGGAUCGAUUUUUCGCAAAAUCAGGAUAGGCCGGGGGGCCCGCAAGCCACCAAUUGAUAUUUAUUCUCACAAGCGCAAAAUCUUGUAAUUGGACUGAAAAAGCUUCCAAAAGGUUGCAAAUUAAGUAAUUCGUCGUUAUUAGGUGUUAUCUCAAGAUGAGUAAUGAUUUUGACCCGUAAAAGCGAAAAUAAAAAGUUGAUUUUUUUCUAAUGGCCGGAAAAUGACUAAUUUCCAAACCCUUCCGAUUGGCCUGAAAUUUUGUGAGAACAUGUAAUAUGUGUAAUAUUCACUUUUUGAAAAAAAGAAAUUGAAUCGAUACCUAUCAUUCUGAAGUUUUUAGGACAUGAUUUAUACGAUUCGCCUCAGUAUUUUUCGACCGUUUGGCGCUAGUAUAAGAUUUUGUCAAUAAUUUCACCGCUCAAUAAACUUCAAAAAGGCUUAAUGAAUAAAAUAAAAUGAUUUCCUGUAACUUAUCGACCCUUCUUAAAGGAUCAGGGGGCCCGCAUGUGCUAAAUGGGCUGCUAGCCCACGUAUGUUCAAGACCAUAACUCUCAAUACCUUCAGACGAAAAGCCGUACGGGAACAAAUCGCCGACAUGCCCGGGAAGCUCGACCACGCUUCUGUGGUCGCCUACCACGUUUGCCAUCUCAAUGACAGAGGUUCCACCAAAUAAAGUUCGAAAAUUAUUCCUUUUUCUUCCAAGAAAUGACCUCGCCUUUGCCUUGUGCUGAGACGCCGACGACUCCGGUGCCACACGACGAUGAAGCCUCGGCGGAAGUCAGCUUUUCCUUCGAGAACUUCAGCCGCGUUUCUGAGGCUUCCGUGAGUUUUUCAGUCUGCCAGAAAGAUGGUUUUGAUAAGAAAAAGUUAUUAUAAGGGGGGGGGGGGUUUAUCCUGAUACCAGUGAUUAUCACUACCAACAUUUCUUAAACCCCUUGAUCGGCCCCAGACGGGGAUCGAACUUGUGACCCUCUGGACCGUAGACAGGCACACAACCUGUUGAACUACGGCUAUAGCUGAUUCACGGCUGGCUUGAGCUAUCGAAAAAAAGGUCCUGACACGAUAAUGUACGAGAUAGCGCCUGGCUCGUGGAGAGCGCAGACAGGACACGCCCCUUAGCGUCCCAAGCUAGCCGUAAAUCAGCUAUAGCCCCAAUUACAAUACCAUAUCUAAGUUUCGAAAGAGCUGUUCGAGACGGCUUUUUUGAAAUCGAGACGAGAUCGAGCUCUAAAAAUUGAUAUUUUUGUCUCGAAAGUAAAGGAUCUGGUCUCCUGAGAUCUAGACAUUCCGAGACGUAGGAUUUUUACCUUGAGACGAAGUCUCGAAAAAUCCUAAUAUGGGAAAAGAGAUUGAUGGAUUGAAUCUGAGUUUUUCGGUUCUGAGAUGACAUUUUUUCAGUGCACCGAGACCUUGCUGACUCGGAGAAGCGAUGCCUCGGCAGAUUUGAACAUCUCGCUGUGGAAUCCGCCACCUCUGGAGCCCCUGAUGCUGUCCGAAAUCGUAGACAAGACUGACCGCAAUACUCGGCCAGUCAGUCCGUAUGAACAAUUGCCGGUUAGUUUGAGUUUUUCCUGAACCGGUAGUUGACCAAAUCUUUUCAUUUUUAUCACGGUGGUUUCAAAAUCCCUUCUCGUGACAUGUAAUUUGUUCAGAAAUCUGAAGAUUUGUGAGUAGAUUUCGAAAUGCGAAUCUUGACCCCUACUUCUUUCUGAAGAAGAAAUCAUUUAUUUAUCGAUUCGAGCUUCUAGAGCAGAAGCUUGACUUCAGAUUUUUUAAAUAAGUAAACAGAAUGAAAGAAUGACAGAAUGAUGAAAACUGUUGAUUUUGAGAAACUCGAAAACUUUCGACAACAAUAUGCAUACACAAGAAUACAUACCAACGCGAUUUAUCAUGCUCCGAAUAUUCAAUUCUUAUCAUAUUAUUACUUUUGAGAGUCCUCGGAGACAUUUUUUGAGAUCAGAUUUGGAAUCUGCGUGAAAAACUACAUCUAGUAAAUCUAGUCGCUCUCUAGAAUCUUACUGCUAACGAAGACCAGUUAAAAGUUUUUCGAACCAAAAAAAAUUUUUCAAUUGCACCAUGAUUCAGUAGAAAUUCUUUUCAGAAGACUGAAAAAAUGUGUGAAUAUCUCUCUAGGAAGAAGAUUGGUUUGCAGGUGGUGUCGGCUCGCGAAGAUGACGGCGGCCGGAAACGGAAAAAGCACGCCCGCGGGACUGUCGGACGCCAUACGCUGGGUGUCGACGUCCAGUGGCUCAAGCGACUCGUCGUCAGUAAGAAGGAGCCGCCGGAGACGGGCGUCGGACCGUCGGUCGUCGAGGAGAUUCGGUUGGUCUUGGAGGGAGAGAUGGAUACAUGUCCUACUGAGAAUAAUUAGAGUGACCCCCUAAGGGAGACUCGUUUCUACUAACCACUAGAAGGAGUAAAAAUGAAGUAAGCAUCCAAAGGAGCAUUUUCAUGUACAAAAGGGACUUUUUAUGGAUAAAAAGAUGAACUUUCCUAAUUCGUCUAUUAAUUAUUUUUUCAGUGGUGACGUCAGCUUGAGCUCAACCAACAACGAACGAGUAUCCUUGCGGCAACGCCUCCGCGGCAUCCUCGGUUCGAACCGGACGCUCGCGGAACCCUCCGGUCAAAUGCCUCGUUACCCCCAGCCUCCCGCUCCUUUGGCUAGCCGAGAACGUUCCGCCACCGAACAGCCGCUACACGCUAAUAAUGCUAGGGCGUCUCGUGUUUAACAAUAUUCCCUUGUUAGACGUCAUUUUUUAUGUUUUUUGAAUGAUUGGGAAAAGUUGCUCCAUGGAUAACACUAAAGAGGCUUCAAUUCUUGACCUACUCAUAAAAGAAGUGAAUAUUAACAAAAAAUCGUAAAACUGAGAAAAAGGACUUCAAAAAAGUCGGGAGAGAACAGCAGCCUUUGAAGAGAAGCUAGAGAACUGGAGAUAUUUCUUUCUCUGCCGUCUCUUCAAAACAGCUGGUCUCUCGUUUGUGCUUACUUUAUUCAAAAUAAAAUGGCGAAACGUUUUGCGAGAGAACAGGAAGCUUGAAGAGACGCUAGAGAAAUAUAGAUUUUUCUUUCUCUGCCGUCUCUUCAAGACGAAUAGUCUCUCGUUACGCUCUUUUUCCAGUUAUAGCGAUUUUCUUUGUCUCACUUUUUUCAGAAAUCAUUUUUAAAUAUUUUGUGGCACUUUAAGCAUUUUAGACCAUUUAAAAGUCCUUUUUCCUUGGAGCGAUUUUCAAAAAUCAUCUUUUUCUCAUGUUUUCCAUUCUGUGAAUGAUUUUCUUUCAUGUAUUCUUACCUUUCUUGUUUAUAUUUCACCUGUGACUUCAACACUGUCAAACGAACGUUCAACGAAAUCUUUCAUCAUAUGUAUGUUGCCUACGCAUAAUCAAAAAACGCUGCCGCCUGAUGAGAAAAAAAAACGAACCAAGGAGUUUACUUACUAUUGAGAUACUUACGAGUUUCAUCCCCCCAUCGCCCCGUUGCAUUCCAGAGUUUGUAUAAAGUGAAAUUUCUAGCUUUUUGAUAUUUCUUAUUCCGAUAAAUUUUUGUGUAUUACUUAUGUUUUUCGUUUGGUUGAAUCUCCGUUACAUAGAAAAGAAAUUAAAUUGAAAAAAAAAUUUUUUCGGUAAAUUUUAACAUCAGAAUAGGCUUGAAUUCAAUUAAAAAAACAAUGAAAAUUAAAAAAAAGGCUUUGAGAUUUUUAAGGUUUUUGAGACAUUUUUUUCUGAGAAAGCUCAAUUUCAAACACUUUUUGAAGCCUGGUUUUUUUCAUUUAGGAAAAGUGAGGAAAAUUUUUCAAAAAAAGCAAAAAAACAAAAAAACAAUUCCUUUUUAAGGAAGGUAAAUUCUAUUUGUGCUUGAAAUUUUUCUGAAAAAUGGGUAGUAUUUUUUUUUUAUGUACCUGGUUAACACCCGGAAAGUCUCAGCUUCGGGAAAUUCAAGUAGAGACGCUCAAAAAUUGAGAAAACCCAUCAAAAAAUGGUGAAUUAAGCCGUUUUGAGCUCAUCUUUCUUAUCAAAACUUACCUGGAAAAAGCUGAAGUGGGUCCUAAAGGGAUUUUGAGAAUUUAAUGGGUCCUAUAGGGAAAAAAAAACCUUCUACGGUGGUAUACUUAAAGACUCUAGUGCACUCCCUAUAGGCUAUAGAGAGUGCAGUAGGGAAUCCUUGUGUAUACCUCCGUAGGGGAUUUUUUCUCCUACUUCAGCUUUUCCCAGUAGUUGAGCCAAUUUUCUGUUAAAAAAGCAAAAUAAUCGAAAAGUCAGAUAAGGAAUAAAGAAAAACCAUGGUAAAUAGUGAAAUGGGCCAUUUGGAGCCAAAUUUAAGAAGAUUUCGUGCACCAGAAACCUGAUCCAAACUAUUUUUUAAAUAAUUUGAAUAAUGCCUUGCAACCCAGAAAGUUGUUGUGAUAUUCAACAGAAAAUAGAACCUUGAAAAAAAGCAAAAUAACCGAAAAGCCGGGUAAAAAAAAAGCAAAAAUGAAGGACCAGGUGGCCCGACGGCGCGACGACAACUGCUCUCCGACCAUAUGAUGGUUACACCUCGCGGGGUCCGACUUUCGACGGACGACGACGAUGCGUCGCCUCCUGAGCUUCUCCAGCUCCUUCCUUCUCUUCCUCCAGCUCCUUCUGCUGCAGUUCGAUGACGUCGACCCGCAGAACCUGCCGGCCGUCUGCUCGGCGGCCCCACCUUUGCAGGUAUUUUUUCAGAGAAACGGUGACUUGAUUGCUUGGAAAUGUUACGAAAAGGGUUUUAGUGAACGCUUAAGGGUUUUUGCAGUCUUCAAGGAGUUUUUAAUGGCGCAUGUAUUAUUACCAUUAAGGUCUCGAGGCGAAAAACCGUUUUCAGUAUCAUUUCAUUCAUAAACUUAGGAACUUCAGAGUGGCCCCUAUAGGGGCAAACUUAAGAGCUCCUGAAGUUUCCCCUCUAGGGAACGCUUGAAAAAGUGCUUGCUACUUGAUAAUUUUUAUGGACUCUAUGCGAAAAACUUAAUAAACAGGCGUUUCUUGAAUAAAAUUGAAAGACCCUAUAGGGUCCACUCAAGCUUCAGGGGCUAAGGUGUUGGACCUUGAACCCCUAUAGGGACCACUCUAAAAUUCCUUAAAAUGUUCAAGUUAAAAUCCUUAAAAUCUGUAGAUUUUGUUGUUUUUAUGCCGUUUUUAAAGUUUGAAAAAAUUCUCAGACAAUUUUUUGAGUUUUUUGAAAAGGAAACAUUCAGAUGCGCAAAACGGACAUUGUUGCCUCGAGCCGAGGGAGGAUUCUUCUACUGAUUUUCAUGCCCCUUCAGUGCGCUCACUGUUAUUCGAGGCUUUCAAAGUUGGUUCUUUUUUUUUUAAUGUUUGCAGUAAAAUGAAGUUAAAUUUGGCAUAAACCGGCAAAAAUUCAAUUUAAACGGAGAUUUUAUCAUAGAGAAUUUUUCACCUGGCCAGGAGGGAACUUUUUGAAAUUAAUUUUUUAAUCAUUUUUUUGGCCAAUAAAUAUCUGUUGGCUAGCAUCUCUUUUAAUUACAUACAAAUAUAAUUUUUCAUCCUCAAAACUUCCUGUUGCCGCCAUUUUAACACGGCAACACCAAAUCGACGCCACGAUCACCGCAUUGGCGUAAAAUAAAAUGUUUCCAACGCAGUGCACACGAUGCACAGAAAAUGACGCGCAAAAAGCGAUUUUUUCUAGCUGUAUCCUUUAAAGCGAUUUUUUCUAGCUGUAUCCUUUAAAGCGAUUUUUUCUAGCUGUAUCCUUUAACUGAAAAAUACAUGUUCGGUGGCGAUCGAAACAUAAGCGAGCUCUCUACAAUUCUAUUCACCGGAUUUUUGUUAAACGCCCUAUAUUUGACUCAAAAACAAAGUUUUCCAAGACAGUUUAGAAUCCAAAAAAUGCGAAAAAUAUAGAAAUUUUCAUGGAUUUUUUUUUGAUAUCGUUUCAAGACCUUUUUGGACUCAAUUUGGUGAGUUUCUUUACAAAAUUAUUUCUUAUUUGAAGGCUGAACGAGCUCGGACAAGCAUAUGAAGACGUCAGAAUUGUCGUUGUCGCUCCAGAAUACGAGUCGAAUCAUAUCAUUUCGAGAACUCAGCAGCAGGUUGUAACUUCCAUUUUUCAUUCAAAUAACAAAUAACUUCUUUUUCAGUUCCCUUCCUUGAUCGUCGACCGUUGUGAGAACAGCUGGAGGAUCUACGCCGCCAAUAAUUUUGACGCUUUUUUGGUUGAUCGGUCGGUUUUUUGAUGAGAAAAGAAAAUGGAUUCUUCAACUUAGGAAUUCCAAAGGGGACCCUAUAGGGCCCCUUAGAGUGUGCCCUUGAGGGACCACUUUCCUAACCCCUAGAAGGACCACUAAAGCUUGCAAAAGAGGUCCCUAUAGGGAACAUUUUAGUCGAUAAUUGUUUAAAGCGAAGAAGCAUUUAUAUGGAAAAACUGAACAAAUAUGCCUUUUUUGAAUGAAAUUGAAAGACCCAUAUAGGGUCCACUUGAGGUUUAGGGGCCAGACCCUAAACCCCUAUAGGGACUACUUUGAUUUUACGCCCAUAGAGACCACUUUUUCGGCCCCUUAGGGGUUUAUUUUUAUCUUUUUUGUUUUUUAUAUUGUCGUCAACUAUAGAACUUUCAUCAGUAAUCUGUUUCAAUACCUUUUUCAACUGCAUUAUUCUGGCUUUUCUCAUUAAAAAAACCCUUUGAAAGGUUUUGACUUUUGAAAAAUGAAAAAAAAAAAUGAUAAUACUGAUUAGAUGCGGUCGAAUCGGAGCAGUAAUAGCCCAUCCUCGAUCGGACGUCUCGACGACUUCCGACGUCGCCGACGCCGUCCGCGACGCACGUCAUCACGCCAGAUGCGGCUUCUGUCAGUACGACGUCCAGUACUCCCAGCAACAGCAACGCUACGAACCUCCGAGGGUACCAUUUUUCACCAUUUUCACUAACUUUUUACCUAGCCAUAGCCGCCUAACCAUUUUCCCUUGCUUUCUACAGUUUUCAUAGAUUUUUGUGCUACUGUUUUCGACAGGUAGUCCAAGCUUACAUAAAGAAAGGAGCCUACGAGAGCAACGUCGCCCCGACAAACGCCUACCGUAACCAGCCGUUCUACUACCAGAAUCAGAGGCCCGUUGAACCGCCGCGGCAGCCGUCGAACCCCGUUUUUCGGACUCAUACUAGUGAGCUUUUUUUAAAGGGAGAAUGAGGUUUUCCAGGUAGACUUUUUGGUAUGAUAGGCUAAAAAAAAGUCGUGAGAGUAUUUUCUCACUAGGGCAGAAUUGCGUAUGAACAAGGAUUGUGCGCUGGUCGAAAAUUUGCGACUUUUCGAACAAUUUUGUCUCGAAAUUUUCACAGAGGCAGGCUUGUGUGUCAGGCCUUGGACCUCCAUUUUUUAGGAAAAUUCGGGGUGCCGGGCUUCGAAAAAAAUUUUUAAUUCAUUAAAAACCAAAAAUUUCACCGAAUAUAUAUUUUCACUCAUUGAAUCACAGUUUCUAAUGUUUCUAUGCGAGAAAUUAUCAAAUUCUUUCUCGUAAGAAAGCGAAAAAUAGGCUGAGGGGUCGAGCCUUAAAUGGGGAGUGAGUUAUCGAAAACGUGUUAUUUAGAGAAAUUAUGGAAUUUAUAUUAUGAAAUGAGAUGAAAAAGACGAUCGUGGGCCGAUUCGGUCAUCACCCCCGGCCCAACACACAGCGCUGAUAUGAACUCUUGAACUGUUUCUAACAUACGUAUUGUUUUUAUUUAGAAAAGUUAGGCUUUUCAAAAGGAUUUGAAGCAGUGAAUUGAAAGAAAAGUUCAGAAUCUUCGAGUUAUUCCAUCGUUUACAACUAUUUGAGAAGAAAGUUGCAAUAUUUCAGCCAUGAGAACACCUCUACCGACGACGACAACUUCGCCGCCGACGACCACGUCUUCAAGCGACUACGAUUACUACCAGGACGAUGUCGUAGCCACCACCGUCGCUCCAACUAAGGUUUGGACGUCUGCUCAAGAUUACGGCUUUUCAGAGUUUUUGGUAAUAAAGGGAAAAUUUAUGUACUUAACUUGAGUCGUAGCUACUCCUGCUAUCUUGAUUAAUAGGUACUGAUUGCAAAUAAAAAGGUUUUAAAAAAUAUUAUUUGCUUCAAAACCACCGGCCAUCGGAACACUGUCCUAAAAAGGCGUGUUACUUAGGAUCUUUAGAGUGGUCCCUAUAGGGGGUUAGGGUGGAAAACAGCCCCUUUGGAGACCGAGGAAGUGGUCCCUAUAGGGAGAGAGGGCCCUUCAAGAGCGCCUAAGGUUGCCCCUAUAGAUGCCGCACUGGAGCUCCUGUAUCUGAAAAUUCUAAGUUGAGCAGCCUGUCCGCGACGCGGUCGCGAAGCGGUUGAAAAUGUUCUCGAAGAUGUCUUUUUCCGAGAUUUAACAUGCAUGGACAGACCUAUUUAAAGCCAUAAUCUCUCCUUCAAAUUCUUUCUAAACUAAAGCCAGUAUUUUUUCUUGAGGUUAAAAACUGAAUUUUUUUUUAACUUUUCCUUCCUGAAGGGUUUCAUUCCUUGUUUCUCAAAACUUUUAAAAGUUAGCUUCUCCUCCCAGAUUCUUGAUUUCUUGACUUGCGUGUGUACUCCGACUCCGGUAACGUAAACCGGACGGGCCUCAGAGGUUUCUGAACAGUUCUAGGGAUCACUUAAGAAUUUGCUACGAAUUUUUAAAAAAGUGAAGAUCUGGGAGUGAGCCUUCAACAAAUGGUUCAUUUGUCGAUAUUAUUCAAUGUUAAAUUUCAAAAAAAGCGUCUCGAUCGGCCAACAUGGCCAGCCCUUUGAAAAAUUGCCCAAAACCGCCGAAAAUGAUACGAAUCGGACCGAAAAGACCAAAAUUUCGAAUGGACUCUUUCGAAACCGCAAAAACCGCCGACGAAUGGCCCGUGAAACAUGUGGCUCUUCUUUUUUUUUACGACCCCAUCAACAACUUCUCAAAACCAUUCGGCUGCACUUUUUCUCACGCGCUUUUGAAGUUUUUGACGGUUCCCAGAAUCGUCGGAUGGGUUUAUUACGUUCGUUUGAACUUCGGAAGAUAAGAACUUUGGUUUUUAAGGGCAAGAGAAGGAUUGAAAAUCAUGAAAAUUGUAAAAAUGCCAUCCGAGUCUUUAAUAAUAAUGUUUCUUCUACAUUUUACCUGAAAUCGGUUUAAAUUUCAUAUUUUUUUGAAAGUAGGGAGGAUCAUUUUGAUUUUUUUUAAGUCUUUGAAAAUUGGGAACGUGUCCAAAAUUCAUCUUUUUUCUUUUUUUGCAUCAUUUUCAUCUUAUUUUCGACCUCAAAGCUGCCAAUUUCGAAAAAAUCGUCUAAGCUCCCUUGUGACGUAUAAUUAUUUUGAAAAUGGGGAAAAAAAUUAUGUUUUGAUAGUUCAUUGGAACUUCGAAAAAUCACCUAUCAUUCCUGAUAAGGAAUUUUUUGGUGCAUACCAUAUCAAUAUUGCGAUAAAAAAACGUGACCUGAUUUUAUUUAUGAACUUUCUUGUGAUGAACCUUCUACUCGAUAGUGACUUAUGGACCCUCAAGACCCAACCAGGAAACCCCAGAAGUUGGCUGUCUAGGCCCAGACCUAGGUAAACGGCCAACGACGACGGUCAGGCCGACGAGCUCGGCGGGACGCGCCGAGCAGCCGAGCCCUGUGACGCGUCAUCUCAAACAGUAUGAGAAUGAGAACGGAGCGCGGUGAGGUGCCAGAGAAACGUUGGGUGCGUUUGUAUUUGUGUUGAGUUGACGGUAGACAAAUAAAAAAAUUGCGCUGCGACGACCCCCGCGCACUUUCUUCUCCUCCACGUAGAUCCGACAGUCAACAUACUCUGGCUGAUGGCGGUAGUGAUGGCGGCGGAGAGUAAACUUAUUUUUAGCCACCCUGGAAAAUGGCCUUUUUGAUGAGGAAAUUGAGCUCAAUUGAUAAUUCCAAACGAUAUGGCGGUAGGGACGGCGGAGAGAGAGCUUUAGGCGAAAAUAAAUGGCCUUUUUUGAGAAGAAAAUUGAGCUCCAUUGAUAAUUAUAAACGAUAUGGUUAGUGGCGAAGAGCGAACUUAUUACUAGCCCUUGGAAGAUGGCCUUUUUUGAGGAGGAACGAUGCUCCAUUGAUAAUUCCAAACGAUAUGGUUGGUGGCGAAGAGCGAACUUAUUUUUAGCCUCUGAAAAAUGACCUUUUUUGAGGAGGAUAUUGAGCUCCAUUGAUAAUUCUAAGCGAUAUGGUUAGUUGCGGUAGUUACGGCGGAGAAUGAACGUGGAAAUAAAAAAUUCAUUUUUGGCUUUUUUGAGGAGGAAAUGUCGCUCCAUUGAUAAUUACAAUACGGCUAUUUGACGGUAGUGAUGGUGGCGCAGAGUGAAAUUAUUUUUAGCCGCUGGAAAAUGGCCUUUUUGAGGAGGAAAUUGAGCUCCAUUGAUAAUUCGAAGCGAUAUAAUUAAUGGCGGCAGUGACGACGGAAAAUAAACUUGGAAAAAAAAUUCAUUUUUGGCUUUUUUGAGGAGGGAAUUGAGCUCCAUUGAUAAAUAUGAGCGAUUAGAUUAAUGGCGGUAGUGACGGCGGAAAGCAAACGGAUUUUUUUCAACACAUGAAAAAUAGCCCUUUUUAAGGAGCAAACUGCGCUCCAUGGACAACUUUGAUAAUUUUGGAAUUGUUCGGCUAAUAAUGAUUUUGUUAGCUUUUUCCAAGUUCUAGUUGGUUUUGAUCAAGUUCGCUCCACAAAUGAAAAUAUUGAAAUUCAAUAUCAAUUUCAGACGCAGAUUCCACGGCCGCCAACAAGAAAAUCGUCGUGGCCAACUGCGAAUCCGACCACCCUCCAGGAUCCUUCUGAAGCAGAAGUUUAUGAAAGAAGCGAAUUGCCGCUUCGACUUUCCGAUGAUUCGAUCCCUUGCGCCGCCUACACUGACGAUAUCUGUUUUCAACAGGUGAAUUUGGAGUUUUUGUACUACUUUGAAGCCAAAAAAGACUCGAAUUUGUAAAAAAAAAAUUAUGUUUAAAAAAUAUUAUAGCUUAAAAAAAUGAGCGCCCCAGAACGUUAUGAAUUUUUCUGAGUGCUGAAGUAAAAAAUUUUUAGUGGCCACUUUAGGGUUUUGACAUUUAAGCUUUUCCUAAUAUACCUGCGAAGAAAAAUUAACGAUUUUUGAAACUUGUUGAAUCGAAAUUAAUGAAUUUUACAAACAUACAGCUAGAUUCGGAACUGAGAGACUAGGCAGAAAAUGCGAUUUUUAUUGGGAAUUUCGAAAUUUUGAGGCAAAAUUGAGGAACUUUUUACGAGAUAUUACAUCUUUGCAAGAUUUUUUAAAAUUUUUUCCUAUUUUUUUGGAGUUUUUGAUCAUUUCUUUCAUAUUCCGCUACAUAAUGAGAGCCCCAAUGUGAGAGCCGUAGCGCAACAGGUUGUGUGCCUGUCUACGGUCCACAGGGUCACAAGUUCGAUCCCCGCCCCGACCCAACCAAGGGGUUUAAGAAAUGUUGGUAGUGGGAAACCACGACUUCAAAAUCCCCAGCCGUCACACACAAGGACGGAUAUGUCACUCGAGCCAGUCCACUGAUAUCAGGAUAGGACCUCGGCUAAUCGACUUGGGGCGCCGACGCCGCUCAAGCGGUACAAAGGCGUAGGAAGAAGAAGAAGAAGAAUGAGAGCCCCAAUCAAUCAAUCGUUUCAUGCUUUACUCAGGAGUUUUAGAGUGGCCCCUAUAGAGGUUAGGGAGAAAAACAGGCCCUCAAGAGGCCGAAGAAGUGGUCCCUAUAGGAGUUCAUGAAAAGGGAGUUCAUAAAAAUUAUCGACUAGCAUGUGUCCUAUAGAGGCCACUAACUAAAAUUCAUAUUGGGACCACUUUCGCAAGCUUAUGUGGUCCCUGUAGGGGUUGGUAAAGUGGUCCCUAGAGGGAACCUUCCAAAGGCCUUUUGUACCACUGUGGAGUUCCCAAGUACUCAAAUAUUCAAAAACAAUUUUUUUAGCAAGAACGCCUUGGGAAGACGGGAAUCUCCAAGUGCUGCUCGAAAGGCGUCUACCUGACUGACGUCUGCAUUCCGGGAAAAUGUUCUAACAGCACCCUGCAGCUCUGUUGCUUUCAGAAGUUCAUUCAGGUUUUUCAUCAACUAAUCGAGGAAAAAUAAUGAAGAUUUCAGGCCAGAUACUCCUGUUGCGAAGAAAAAUCCCAAAGCGAAGAAACCGGCGCGACGAAUAAAUUCAACAAAUGCUGUCAUGAUCGCUUUGUGACGGAGGUUUGGAUGAAAUUUCGACGAAAAAUGGAAAAAUCAAGUUGAAAAUGAUUAUUUUUGCGCGUUAAUAGUGUAAUCUAUAUCUUACUGUAAUUUUCGCGUCAGUGUAUCUUUUGUAGCGCUGAUCAUGCUCCUUUAAACUUGAACGCGCUUCAAUACCAAUUUCUUAUAUACUUUAGUCCUUCUCUCUCUUACGUCUCUUAGAAGAAUAUCCCGAAACGGCCAAGUAGUCACUUGAGGGAUGCUGUGUGAAAGCUACCGCUUCUCGCUAAAAAGAGACGAGUUGAUUCAGAGGAAAGUUGUUCAAAUUUCUCUUUCUCCUUGUUCCUCUAUUGGCUACUUGAAGUUUCCGAGUUGAAGAAAACCUUCUAAAAAGCUGUGAAGUGGUCACUUAAGGGCUGCUUUGUGGGAGCCACUGUUCGCUUGAGCCAAAAAAAGACUGGGUACAUGGCACAAUUCCCUUCUCCGUGUCCCUUUAGUGGCUACUUAAAAUUUCCGAAUUGAAGAAAAACCUUCUAAAGAGCUGUCAAGGGGUCACUUAAGGGUUGCAUUGUGGGAGCCACUGCUUGCUUAAGUAAAAAAAAAAGCCUUGGUACACCGUACAAAUCCCUUCUCCUUGUCCCUCUGAAUUUUCAAACUCAUGAAACUGGCCGUUUCCAGGACCCGUGCUGUCCCCAGACGGCCGCGAGCUAUCAUUGGCAGAGCGUUUACGACGUCUGCUACCCCAGCACACACGUCGAUUAUUCUGCCGUCCGAUUUGAGGUUUUUUUUUAAAUUGAAGCGAAAACUACAACCCCCUUCCCCGAGAGCCCCCCUUGACACGUCUUCAGGUGCACUUUUCUGAAGGCGUCCGCGUCCUGGACCUCGACGCCAACCGUCAGUGGGAGUUUGAGUGUCGACACGGCAAAAAUCGGCCCCAGACCGCCUAUUUCCCAUGA